AUCGCAUUCCCUCAUAACAACGCUCACAACAACGCUCACACCGCUCCGAAAGUUCCUGCUCCCGAUCUCUCCCCCUCGGGUUUGCUUCACCGGGUUCGUUUGCAGCGUCCCCGAAAAUUCGCAUCGCAUCCAUCGACAUGGAAGUCAUGAUCGCCGAAGCUCCGGCCAGAUGCUCCAGCAUGCUGGGUCGUAGUGCUGCAGCUCCUUCUGAUGUUCGUGCAAUGGGACGAGCUGGUGGUGCGGGUUUGAGAGCACCUUGCUUGCCAUCCCGGCGGUCGCGUGGAGGUGCUGGCUGUGAGCUCGCGGCAUCGGCGCCCCGUGAGCGACGCAAUCCGGUCCAGUCCUCCAUCAGAUCCGUCCUCGACGUCGAGCCGAGAGUGUUUGCGGAUGGUGAGCCUCACAGCUGUGUGGACAGCACCGAGUCGCUGCUGCAGAAAUUGGCCGACAUGGGGCCACCCAAUGAUAGCGCCCUGUCUCGCAUGAACGAGGCCGCAGACCGGCUUUUCCUGUGGGACGACGUUCCCAAGCUAGCGAAGAAGCAGACUUUCACGGUGUACGAGCUGAACGAGUUCGACCGGGACAGUCCCGCGUUCUUGGAAUUGAGCAGACAGUCCGUCAACAGAACGGAUCCGGUGACCGGAGAACACGUCAAGGCUCUUGGCGACCAGGUCCCUUUCACCAACAAGCUGUACGAUUCGUCGUUGCGGACGAGGCUGGGCAUCACGACGGGAAUCUGCCUGCACAUGAAACAGUAUCCGGGAAGGGGGGCUCCGGAACUGCACGGCUUGCCAUUCUUCACGCCCGAUCACUACGAGACCAUCAUGAGCUGGCACUUGGGCGACAUGGGCCACAUCAGCGGCAUGGGGCCGUUCAUCAACUUCCAGGACACGCUGAUGGGCGUCACGGGAGGCACGGGGUUCUUCGCGGAGGCGAGAGGAGUGGUGCGACUGCAUCCCAUCACGCCCUUCAAGUUCAUGUACACGUUCACGCUGACGGGCAUCCCCAAGCUGCCGGAAGUGCUGACCAAGGAGCUGGUGGUGCCCGGGUUCGGAGUGGAAGCGCACGCGGACGCUGUGCAGGGCAAGCCGGAGAGCACGCUGGCCAACUUCACCAACUGAUGAUUGGGGGGCAGGCCGGAGCGUGGAGGGGAGGUGUGUGUGUGGGAUGGUGGGAGGGCAUUUCAUUUCAUUUCAUUGGCAUGGAGGGUCUGUGCUGUGCUGUGCUGUGCUACUUGUAUUCCGUUUUGGGCUUCAGGGCCUGGUCACCGCCACUCGUUCUACUUUCCUUCCUUGCCUUCUUUCGCGCUCGCCCUCCCCCACACCCACGCGCUGACCUCUUCCUCGUCGGUUGGUAGUCUCCUCUGCUGUUUCUGGCCUCCUUCAAAGUUUGAUGCUUGGGGGGCAGUAGGAAUGUAGAGAGUGGUGAGAGGGGAGAUGGAUUUCCUUCUGAGAAUAUGUGUUUUGUUAUCAUUGUUACUUUGAUUGAAGAUGGGUUUUAAUAUCUUGGAAUAUAUAUUUUUUUGACAUUUUGGAAACCUGGGGUGCAUUUAACUCUCAA